UUGCGCAUGCGCGCGCGUUCUGACCAUCGAUUUCGCCGCCGCCGCCGCCACUCCGGGCCGACCGGCAAGGCGAGCCAAGUGCAGCGAAAAAUAUCCAGUAUGACGAACGCAAGUGCCAAAGGUCCUGACCUCAACAUAGAACAGAUUCCAGAUAAGUACAUCGGCUACAUCAUGCACUUCAUGCUCAAGUUCCAGAACGACACAUCUGAGUUCAGCAAGCCUCAACUGCGGCGUACCUUCCGCACCUCGUACCCACUGUUUCUUGUGCUUUACGGGUCGUUGUUCGUGUCAUCCCUGAUCGCCAACGGGUGGAUGGUGCUCCAUAUUUAUCGCGAGAAACAGCCGCGAGAGGCAGUGUGCGUUUAUCUCUUUGCCAAUGCACUGAACGACAUCUUCAAGCUGCUCGUGGUUAUGCCCAUCUCUCUUGUGACUCUCUUUCUGCACAACUGGGUCUUUGGUAGUUUCUUGUGCUUUGCAUCACCCAUUGUUCAAGAUUUUCCUUUCUACUUGACCUUGCUGACUUUCGUGGCAAUCGCUUGUGACAGGUACCGGUACGCUAUGAACCCGAUGAAGCGCCAAAUACCGCCACUGUUAUGUCUACUUGGUGUCUGCUUAGUGGCAGGCAUCUUAACCCUACCAUAUGCUGCUUACACCAAGUUCCUCGACUUGCAGCAAUACUUGGGGUAUCAGUUUCGAGGUACAGGCAUAUGUGCCAUCAACUUGACGGAGAACAUAGAAGAGUACAUCCGCGGCCUGUUCAUAGUUCUGUACGCACUACCCGUCGCUCUAGUCAUCUACCUGCAUGUCAAGGUCUCUGUCGAGAUCAAAGCCCAGGAAACUUCGUUGGCUCUGCACGCAACCUAUCGACGCGAGAGCAACGGCGAAGAGGCGUCUGUCUGCUCCGUGGCGUCAUCCAUGGCGCCCGAGUCUGUGUACAGCACACGCUCGUGCGCCGCCUUUCCCGUGGCCACGCGGGAGCCGUCAGUCACGCAGAGGCGCCGUUCACCCACCAGCGAUGCUCUCGACUGGCUCAAGGAGCGCCGCACGCAGAAUACCGUCAUGAUGAUGGUCACCGUGUACGCCGUGUGCAUGCUGCCACUGAACGUGCUGCGUCUCAUCGUGCACGUCGUCCAUGAGGGGCCCGAGCAUAGCGUCCACUUCGACCUGUCCUUUGCUUUCGCGGUCCUCAUCGCCUUCCUGCCCACGCUCGGCACACCCUACCUCUUCCGUGUGUGGCGGCUUAGCCUGGACGCCUGCCAAUACAGCAAGCUGCAGCGCGCAGGCCGCAAAGGGCGCUCCGAUUCCAGGGCUUGAUCCUCUGGUGUGGGCCCAGCGUUUUCUUUGCAUCCGUACGACAGUAGGACGACAACGGUGGUUGCUUUGUCCCGGCAAGCGUUCGGAGGAAGGGCCGCAGUCCUGACGAGCAUCUUCGCAAUACCAUGGUCGCUCUUCAGUGCGUGCAAUUGGAUGACCGAGAGCAAAUGUGCUCGUUUUUGUUUUAGUGUCCUUAAUUGCUCUUGGUGAGACAACCUGUUCAACAUCUAAGAUAAACCAGGCACGGUGCCCUAUCGACUGCACUGAUGUAUA